AAAUUCGAAUCCCCUCGUCCAAAGUUGUCAGCAAGUGCCUUCUUCUAGAAUAGUCUCUCAACUGACGGGCGUUUUAAAUGGAACCUUGAUUGAAAAUACAUAAGUGUCUGGAAACGUAUAUAAAUUCGAUAUUUAAGAAGAAAAAGUGUGUUUAACUGUUUGGUUCUCAAACCUUUCCUGCCUAUUUACGUCCAAGCUUCGUCUGCUUUUAAAAUGUCAAAUCAAUUAAGCUCCGUAUGCUUUUAAUUCGUAUGUGAUCUCUAACUUCUGUCCACCCAUACAUGUGAUCUUGGAAGAUAUACUAUUUUUGUGCGCGAUCAUUGUUAAAAGGCUAUAUAUAUAUUUUGUGUAAUCUUUGAGCACUGUUUUGUGUCUGUUGAAACUCUUUUUCAUAUCAUCGCUUCGCUUAGCUGUGUCAUUGGGAAAUUUCGUUGCCAAAGAUUAUUUCUUCACUAAGUGUUGUUUUCACUGCAAGGGGAGUGGGCUUGUAGUAAAAGCGGUUUUACAGGAAUAUAUAUAAUACUUCGUUUAAAAGAAUGAUCAUUAACCUUGCAUUAUAAAUCAUGUCUGAGAGCUUGAAAGUUUAUAGAAUCAAGAAAAUCGAAAACAUUGGCAAAAUGACGCAAAUGACCCAAGAAGAGAUAAUCACCAACACCAAAACUGUGAUACAAGGCUUGGAAGCACUAAAAAAUGAACAUAACUCUAUAUUAAAUGGCCUCCUGACUUCUCUGAAAGCUGUACAGCUGGAGAAGCCCAACGAUGGCAAUGUGGUUGAAGAAAAAACAGCCAUCAUUAAGAAGACCUUAGAUUCUAUAGAACUGGGCUUAGGAGAAGCUCAGGUAAUGAUGGCUCUUGCUGGUCACCUGCAGACAGUUGAGGCAGAAAAACAGAAGUUGAAAGCUCAGGUUCGCCGCUUGUGCCAAGAAAAUGCUUGGCUUAGAGAUGAAUUAGCCAACACACAACAGAAACUACAGGUAUCUGAACAAAUGGUGGCACAGCUAGAGGAAGACAAAAAGCAUCUUGAAUUUAUGAAUCAACUUAAGAAAUAUGACAAUGAAACGCAGGGUAGUGAAGAAAAUGUAUCUGAAAAGAAACCAGAUAGUGAUGAACCCUUGAAUCUAGGUUUUCCUGAAGAUGAUGAUGACAGUGCUCACCAUGAAGCACUUUCUCCAACUCCAUCAACACAGAUGUCUGUAUCUGCCAAUGCAGGAUAUGAGAUACCUGCUCGGUUACGAACACUUCAUAAUUUGGUGAUACAAUAUGCUUCUCAAGGUCGAUAUGAAGUUGCAGUCCCACUCUGUAAGCAAGCAUUGGAAGAUCUUGAGAAAACUAGUGGACAUGAUCAUCCUGAUGUUGCAACUAUGCUCAAUAUUCUUGCUUUAGUGUACAGGGAUCAAAACAAAUACAAGGAGGCUGCUAAUUUAUUAAAUGAUGCCCUCGCUAUCAGGGAAAAAACAUUAGGCGAAAAUCAUCCUGCUGUUGCUGCAACUUUAAACAAUUUGGCUGUUUUAUAUGGAAAACGAGGCAAAUACAAAGAAGCAGAACCAUUAUGUAAAAGGGCUUUAGAAAUCAGAGAAAGAGUUCUUGGGAAGGAUCACCCCGACGUUGCAAAGCAGCUUAAUAACUUGGCAUUACUAUGUCAAAAUCAAGGAAAAUAUGAAGAAGUAGAACGAUACUACCAACGUGCUCUUGAAAUCUAUGAAAAAACUUUGGGACCUGAUGAUCCUAAUGUUGCCAAAACAAAAAAUAAUUUGGCAUCUGCAUAUCUAAAACAAGGGAAAUACAAGGAGGCUGAAAUUUUAUAUAAACAAGUUUUAACAAGAGCCCAUGAAAGAGAAUUUGGGAGUAUUGAUGGAGAAAAUAAACCAAUUUGGCAAGUAGCUGAAGAAAGGGAAGAAAAUAAAAAUAAACAGAAAGAAAAUUCUCCUUAUGGCGAGUAUGGAGGAUGGCACAAAGCUGCCAAAGUAGACAGUCCUACGGUAGCAACAACAUUGAAGAAUUUGGGAGCUCUAUAUAGAAGGCAGGGCAAAUAUGAAGCUGCUGAUACACUUGAAGACUGUGCAUUGAGGGCUAGAAAAGAGGCUCUAGACUCAGGGAGACAGGGUAAGUCGCCUCAUUUUUUAAGUGCUGAUUUGACCGCUAUUCCUAAAGAUAAGCGAAGAUCGAAAGACUUCAGCCGAAGAGGCUCUCGAGAAUCUCUGGACAGUAUGGCGUAUGACCACUGUAGUGAAGCUGAUGACACAAAUGGAAAACUCAAACGAAGUAGCAGCUUCAGCAAAUUGAGGGCUACUAUACGACACAGUAGUGCCAAGCUUCUGCUAAAACUGAAAGGGGACCCCACAGCUUAUGACAACAUGGAUUUGGCUGCAAGAAUGAAACGAGCCAGCUCAAUGUCAAUGCUUAAUUCAGAAGAACAGGUGAAGAGUAACUUAAUGAGCAUGCGAUCCAAAACAGCAAGCACAGACCAACUUCGAAGCCGAGAGCCGCGUUAACCAGCAUCACUCCCCCAGCAUAGGUUUUUAUUAGGACUUAGACUUUUUUGAUCUCUGCACUCUAGGAUGUCGCUAGUAAUAUUUAAAAGGAAGUCACCUUGGAUGAGAUUGUAAAUAUGCAACAAGAGAUAAUAAGCUUUCUCCUCGCCCCCCCCCCUUCCGCAGACUUGGGAUCUUUUGAUGAUUUGUACUGUAAAUAGUGAAGCUUGUUUACUCUGCAGUUGCUGAAGGAAGGCAGUGCUUUUGAUUUCAUACCUUCAGUUGAGUGAAAAGUAUCUGAUUUUUUUUUCAAUUUUUUUUUGAGGAAAUGUGAUAUUAUUUUAUAUUGAACUACUUUAUGCAUUUGGUGGAGUAGAAUUUUUUUCCCUUGCAUGAUUGAUUAAUUGUAUGUACAUUAUUUUCAUUUAUUCAAAUGUGUGUUGUUGUAUUGCCUUUGUGAUGUUAGGAGGUUUGGGCAGUAUAAAUGAAUAGCUUUAAUGUACAGAGAAAUUAAGAUUUAGCAUGCAAUUGUAGUGAUUAAAUCCAUAAUCAUGUUUGAUCAUAUUUUUAAAGUAGGAAAAAAUCUUUUAAGAAAAGUGUAUGAGUAAAUUAUUUGACUUUUGAAUAUAAAGAGAAAAAAAAAUUACUACAUUUGUAUGUGUAAAGUGCGGUAUCGCUGUGUUUGUUUUUGCUUCGUUAAGUAACCUUUCCCCUGUUUAAAUUUUUGAAUCAUUUGUACAGUUAAUAGACUUAAUUUAUAUGUUAAUAGAAAAUUUUGUUUUUUAAUCUCUAAUUUAGAUUAUUGCAAUAUGAUCCUAUUGGAAAGAUUUUGCUUUCAAAAUAAAUAAAAAAAAAGAGUUCAGUGCUUUAAUAUUUUAAAUUAAUAAACUAAUCAAAGACAUGAUAAUGAUUUAAAUGUCUAUAUAAUCUCAUAUGUUUUAUUAAUAAUGCUAGAGCCGAGAAAUUUUUUAUCAAUGACUGAACGAACUUCAGAUUUCUCUUUAUUUGAAAUCAAUGAAGGACAAUUUCUGUUUUUAAAUGCUUUGUAGAAUGCAUUUGUUGACAACUUAACAUUGAGGAAAUUUGUGAUUAAGUUUAAUCUAAUAUUAGACGAGUUCAUAUGAACAUUUCAUAAAGGCCUGAAACAUAAAUGUUUGUACUGUUCAAGACUAAUGUUCAAGUAAAUAUUAAGGAAAAGUUAAAAAAUUUGUAUUGGCAAGAUUAUUUUGGUUUGAUUUCUUCCAAAUUUAGCAUUAUAUAUUUAAUUUCAAUCAUUAUUUUUAUUUUUCUAUAUGGUUCCAUACUAUUAGGAUGACAGAAAACAAUGUAACAUUUUAAAUUACAAUUUUAGUAAAAAUUUUAGGAAAAUUAGAUCUUUUUGUUUUAAUUUAUUAAUAAUCAUUUUAAAAAUAAUUUUCAGGCUUUGAUAUUUGAUUUUAAGCCUAAUCCUCCUAUAUUAUGUUACAUUUUGUGAAGAUAUGCAACUUCAGGUCAGCAGAUUAAUUUAUCGAUGCAUCAUUAUCAAUCUAGGAUAUAUUUAUCUUAUGUAACAAGUUAAUUGCCAUCUUAUGUUAUCAAGACUUGUCCUGUAGAUCGGGAAAAGAUUUAUGUAUCAUUAAAAUUCCAGUUUAUAAAAUGAAGAUAAUAAUAAUAAUAAAAAAAAUUCCUUUCAUAGGAUCUGAAUACAUUCAGCUCCAUUCCAAAGAAAUGUGUUGUUGAGUUUUUAGGAAUUUUUUAUGUAUGAAUCAUGUUUUAUAAAAAUCUUGAAUUGAUAUGAUUUGUCAAAAUGCUUUUUUUAAUGCUUAAAACAGAAUUCCAUCUCGGAUUAUUAUAAUUUUUUAUCGAUUUUUUUUUCACAAUCUAAUUUUUUACUAGAUGACCACAUUUCAAUGAUAAAUUUGUUUUGUAUAUUAACUUGAGAAUUAACCAUGCAUGAAGUACUUAGCAGUACGUAAUUUUUUAUUGUUUAUAUUAUUUAUGUUUGGAAACCUUUUUAUCAUUCUAUAUCAUUGGUGAGAAAUGAAGCCCCUCAAUGAUUCCUAUGUCAUUGUUUUCCUAACAUGAAUGUCGGGCUUAUGUGUAUGAUAUGUAUGAAAGUUAUUUGUCUGCACAAUUUCAGUAAUGCAGAUUAAUACAAUGUGUAUGUCUCCUCUAAUAAAAGUAUGUUUUGUGUGUAAA